AUGGGUAAUAUCAAGUCCAAUUCAGCUGCUUACCAAGGAACAAAUGGAACAUUUACAAUCGGCUCUGCAACUUAUUUUCCAUCAACGACUUUUUUAAAUGGUUAUAUAGAUAAUGUUAAAAUCCAGUCACGAGCGAAAUCUGUAACAGAAGUUUUAACUGCUGCAUCAUUGAUCGCCUACUAUUCAUUUGAUUUACCUAAUCCAAAUUAUGAUAAUGGCCCAAAUUGA